AUGUUCGGUGGUGGCUUCGGUGGAUAUGGAAAUAAUCCAUUUGCUGGUGGUUUCGGUGAAUUAGCUUCUGAUUAUGCUAUUAAUCGUAUGGUACCAGGAGGAUUAAAUAGUCCAAUGGGAAUGAUCGUUGAUAAUAUGUUUGGUGGAAAUCCAAAUGGAGGAAUGGGAAUGGGAAUGGGAAUGGGUGGUGGAUUUGGAGGAAGUCCAUUUGGUGGAGGAUAUAAUGGUGGAUACGGAGGCGGUUAUGGAUAUUAUUAA